ACAUAGAACUUGCUCUCUACCGUGACUCUGUUGACUUGCAUAAAAUCAUGUCUUGGUCGACGAUCCCCAUUGUACCCUUAGGAUUUGCGACAGCUCUUAGCUUGCAUGGUCUAAGGUCGCGUUCACUGUCCCCGUCAGGCGCUGCAGCCGCAUUCACUGUUGGUUUUCUGACACUAGCAGCUCCCGUCCGAGCCAUUGGCAUAUCAUUAAUAGUCUUCUACUUGCUAGGAUCGAGGGCCACCAAAUACGGCAAGAAGAGAAAGGCUACCCUCGAGGAUGGCUACCAAGCAGCAGGAUAUCGAACAGCCUGGCAGGUGUUGUGCAACUCGUUUACAGCUUUUCUAGCUGCUGCAGCAUGGGGUAUACUAUAUGCACCCAACGUGCUUCCGUGGUCCAUCAUUCGCCAGUUUGUCAGUGUUCCUGAAGCAACAAGAUACGACUCUGACAGCUGGUGUCCCCUUUCACCCGAUGUCACGAAUGGACUGAGUCGUGCCUUAUUGUUUAGCACGUUGGGGUACGUGCUUCAGAGCUUCAGCGAGCGUUCAGACAGUGCUGACAUGAUUGACCAUGAUCUCAGACACUUCGCGUGUUGUUUGGGUGAUACUCUUGCCUCUGAGCUAGGAAUCCUGUCGAAUUCUCCUCCGAUUCUGAUUACCACGCUCAAAACAGUCCCCCACGGUACAAAUGGAGGUAUUUCGCUGGGCGGUACGAUAGCGUCUAUGGCUGGAGGACUUUCCAUGGGUUUCGUGCUCUUUGCGAGCCUUGUGCUAGAAAACAGCAAGUGUAGACAAGUCUGGGGUGACAUCCUUGUACCUCUGGUGCUGUGGGGAACAAUGGCAGGAGGAAUGGGAUCUAUGCUGGACUCCUUCUUGGGCGCCACGCUUCAGAAAUCGCGGUAUUCUGUGACGUCUAAACGGGUUCUGCAAGAUGAUUCUGCGCUGUGUGGCGAGGAUGAUAUCAAAGAUAUAAGUGGACUGAAUUUGUUGACUAACAACCAGGUCAAUCUGAUCUCGUCUACGCUGACGGCGCUGGUGGUGGCGCGCCUGGCCUGAGGCGACAUCUGCGCCAUACUGCAAUCGAUGGGGCGUCUGUCUCAAUACGGGCGAGGGCUAUACGGUUUGGGUUGUAGUUCUGACUGCAGUGGAGCGCGAUUAUUAGAAUAGUUACCAUGUUAGGUAAUUCCCUGUUUCUGCCCACGUGCGGCCCUAUGAGGUCAACGUUCAAGUGACACCUCCCAGUCCCAAUCGUCCCUUGCCCUUUUUAUCUCGCUCUCUCUCUUCACCUGAGCGC